AUGGAUAAAAGUUGGAUUGCCCUAGGUAGGACGGCAGAUAGAAGGAUGAGUAAACCAUAUAAUGAUGGGGUGAAGUUAUUUCUUCAAUUUGCAAUGGCGGUUAUAGACCAGAAUGGUAAUCUAUUGUGCCCAUGUAUAAAGUGUGUGAAUGUUUGUAGACAAAAUCUUCAAAAUGUGGAAAUUCAUUUGCUCCAAUAUGGGAUUAUGCAAACUUACACUGUAUGGCACCAACACGGGGAACCCCGUGUUUCAAACGAGGCUUACCAUGAUGAUGAGAUGCGGCUUGAUGGUGAUGAAAUUGUAGGUGGUAUUGAAGCCUUAGUGGAAGAUCGAAUAAGAGAGGAAUCGACUGAUACAACCCAAGGGGAGGAAGUGAGAACUUUAGAUCAAUUGUUGACUGAUGCCAAGUGUGAGCUGUUCCCAAAUUGUACAAAUUAUACUUUGUUGAAGUUUGUGAUUGAGGUGCUUAAUAUGAAGGUAACAAAUCAUUGGAGCAAUAAGUCAGUUGAUAUGAUGCUAGAGUUUUUAAGUAGACUUUUACCAAAAGAAAAUUUGGUUUCAAAGUCAACUUAUGAAGCUAAGAAAAUACUACGUGACUUGGGCUUGUCAUAUGAGCUCAUUCAUGCUUGCAUAAAUGAUUGUGUAUUAUUUUGGAAGGAGAAUGCAACACUAGAUAAAUAUCCGACUUGUAAGAUAUCUAGAUACAAGAUCAAUCGUGGAAGGGGUAAGAAGAUCCCUCCUAAAGUAUUGCGGUACUUUCCUUUGACACCAAGGUUGAAAAGAUUGUACAUGUCAAGGAAGAGGGCUGACGACAUGAGAUGGUACAAAGACAAACGAGUGGACGACGAGAUAUUGAGACAUCCCACUAACAGUGAUGAGUGGAAGGAAUUUGAUGCACAACAUCCCGAGUUUUCCUUAGAGCCUCGAAAUGUGAGGCUAAGGUUGGCCGUUGAUGGGUUUAACCCUUUUGGGAACAUGAACAACUCUUAUAGUUUGUGGCCCGUCAUACUCAUUCCAUACAACUUGCCACCUUGGUUGGUUAUGAAGGAUCCAUUUUCUUUGAUGUCAUUACUUAUUCCUGGAGAAUUGCAACCAGGGAUUGAUAUUGACGUCUAUAUGCGACCAUUAGUGGAUGAGUUGAAUAAUUUAUGGACAAAUGGUGCAUUGACUUACGACGCCUCCACCAAUGAGACUUUUCGAAUGCAUGCAGCUUUGUUGUAG